UGAAACUGUAUUUCUUUUUGUGAGAUUUGUUAUCUAUAGAAGACAUAAUUUAUCAGUUGUUAGAUAAGUUGAGCUCGAGCAGUGUAACUGUUUGUAUAUUCUGAAAUGUUUAUACUUUUGUAUUAAAGAAAAACUGUAAAAUAAAAUAAAUAUAGCAAUAUAACGUCAUUUUAAGCAACAUUUGCAGUAUAAAUUUAUAAAACUUGGAAGUGAAAUUUACGUAUAAAUAUUCCUGAAUUAGAUGUAGGUUAACGUAAUUAAAAUAUAAAAUAAAUACAGUAUUACACAAGAGUAGGCCUAUGUCUUUCUUGUGUGAGCAGAAAUCUUCAUUUGCUGGGUGUGUCUUCGAAAAUUUAGGUAUCUUCUCAUCAGAAUUGGCACCUUACCUUUUCCCUGGUUUCUCAUCUCUGUUGUCCCUUGGAGGAAAUUCUUCAGUCAGGCAUGUGUACCAGACAAAUGUUCAUCUCUCACUCUCUGCAUUGGAUUGCUGUUUCUCCAUCAUCUGGUUAUCAUCUUCCACCUGUGGCUAUUCUUCAGGCUUCACUGAUACUUUGACUGGCUACAGGGAAGUCAACCAACAUAUCAAGAAGAGUCUGUCAAAACUAAACCUUACAGUGUAUGAAUACUGAACACAAUGUCAGGGUCACUUUCUUCAGUGGAAGGUGAACUUAAUGCUAUAGUGAAGGAGUACUUAGAAUUGUCAGGAUUAGAGGACUCUGUGAGAUGUUUUGAGGAGGAAUGUCAGAGGCUUGGCAAACCUAUACAAGAUAGUGCUGGAACGUUUCAAAAGGAUGGUAGAGUUCGAAAAAUUCAAAAUGAGCUCUUCCAACAUUUUGAUGAAGGAAGAAGGGUGGAGUUUUUCUCAGCAUGGGAUUCUUAUAUCAGUCCUGAAGUACGAGAGGGUGAUUCUUACUGUCAAAAGCUUGAAUUUCAACUACAUGUGCACUUUGCUGUGUUUCCUAUAAGGAAAAGCAACAAGGAUGUGAUUGAGAAAUCUGAUGAGGCUAUGUUUCAUUUUCGUUACUACUUGGACACUCAAGGCUCAUGUCUCAGCCAAAUCCCCGAGUUUCUCACUUAUUAUGCUUUACCUUUUGUUUCUACACCACAAUCACAUCAAUCUUUUAAACAUUUAUUUGAGGAAUCUUGGGUACCAGAACUGAGAAAUCGACUUGAGACAUUUUUAUGGGAAGCUAUAAAAGAGACAACUCAAAACAGUCCACAACCACGUUUAGUACAGUUAUAUCAAUGUAAUGAUUUAGCCCUUAGUGAUGCAAGAAGUGAAGCUCAGUCGGCAGAACGCCGAUUGCAAGAUUCAGAAAGACGCUGCAUGGUACAGGCACGACACCUUGUAAAACUUCAGGAUGACUGUGAAAAACUUAUGAAAGUAACCGCAGAAUUAAUCACAGCACUUGAGGCUGCAGUAAAAGGAGAUAUGAUUGACCUAGACAAGGUUUUAUCUACAUGCUGUCAAAAUUUCCCAGACUUAUUUAAGUUCCAUCACAAAAAUAGGACAUCUUCUGACAGAGAUCCUACUGUCAGUAGUGGAAGUUAUACAAACAGUGCAUCAAGGGCUCAAUUAAUGAAAGACUUCUUACAGCAGCAUUCCAUGGAGCUAUCAGAUUCAACUCACGUGUGCCUUGACUUUUCUAAAAUGAAGACAGACUUGGUGGUACAAGAUGCACGAUCAAAAACCUUGCUCUUGCAGGCCUUGCGCUGGCGUCUGACCAAGACUCAACCAGGAGAGGAACGGGAUGCUGUUCUGUCAUCUUACAUAAAUAAUGACCUUUUGGGUUGUGAACAGCCUUCACAGUAUAGGCAGCGUGUGCUCCACAUGAUGAGAAGUCCAAACAAAAACCUCCAUCAAGCUUUGCUGAGGUUCCUCAAUGCUUUUGCAUCCUUUAGCUCAGCUCGAACGUAUUUGUGUAAGUGUCCACAGCUACUUGCUAUUCUGCAAGACAAUUUGAUCAACAACAGAGUCAAAGACUCAAUUUCUCAAGACAUGACUCUAGGAAUAAUGCAGAAACUUAGCUUGAGACAUUCUCUACAAACAACAAUGAUUGCAGGGGGUGUUGUGGAAUGGCUAGUAAAUACAUUAGGAAAAGCUACUGAAACUCUUAGUGACUAUGGACUAGAAUAUGGUGUGGCACUACUGAUGAACCUGUGUUUACGGACAGCAGGGAAGAAACGGUGUAUUGACAUGGCACAGAGGAUUCUUCAGUUACUAGUGGAUCUGUUAAAACUACAGAAUUCAGAGAUUCUGCCUUAUGUCAAUGGCACCCUUUACAGUUUGUUAUCUGUUCCAGAGAUUAAGAACAAAGCCCAAGAAAUGAAGAAAGUAGUUGUUAUUUCGUGAUGAAUCUUUGUAGAA